UAUCUCUCUCUCUCAAUAAAUAUGCACUCACACCGCUCCCCACCAGUACUGCCCUGCUAUUAUAUAUACACACACAAUGGAGUAGUAUCUUCUAUAUACACUUUCACAUACUAUAUCAAAAAAGGCAAUUUCUUUUCACAAUAGUUAAUAAUAACACAGUAGUAUAAGAGAAGAGUCUGUUUUGUUCUUUCUCAUCAAUCUCUCUGUACUGUAUGUACAAAAACACUGUCAUCUCUGUACCCUUUGUUGCUUUUCACACAUCUUUCGCCGUCUCGGCCGCUCUGCACCUAUAAAUAUAUAUAUUUAUCUAUAUCGAAUCACAGUAUUUAAGUGGAGGUGUGAUUACAGAGAUUUUGUUGCUGGGGGGUGGUGAUCCGUCUUUGUCCAUAAUUUCUGGGCUGCAUUUAUUUCUGUCUGCUUUAGCUCUAUGGUGGGUGUUUGAAUUCCUGGCGAAAAUUAAAGAACCUUUGAGCCUUUUUUUAUAUCCGUGCUUUCACUGUUUUCGCUGCAAACAAGAAGAAAGGUUCUCAAAAGAAAGCACAAAUCAGAAAGAGAGAGAAAGAGAGAAUUUUUUUCGUUGAGAUCUGGGUUGAAGAAAGAGACGUCUCGAGAACAAGGUUUCUUUUUCUGGGAUAAAAUCGAAACACAACAAUGUUGCCCCAGAAGCAAGCAGAGGAAGCUAUUGUCUUGGAACAUGAUGGCGGCGCCAAAGAAGAAGCUGAGAACAAAGAUGAAGAACAGUCCUUGUUCAGUAUGAAGAGCUUUCUCUGGCAUGGCGGCUCUGCUUGGGAUGCUUGGUUCAGCUGUGCUUCCAACCAAGUGGCACAGGUCCUCUUGACACUGCCAUAUUCCUUUUCACAACUUGGUAUGCUAUCAGGGAUUGUGCUUCAAGUGUUCUAUGGACUGCUGGGAAGCUGGACAGCUUAUCUCAUAAGUGUACUCUACAUAGAGUACAGAAGCAGGAAAGAGAAAGAAGGUGUAAGCUUUAAAAACCAUGUUAUUCAGUGGUUUGAAGUGCUUGAUGGAUUGUUGGGUCCAUACUGGAAAGCAGUGGGCCUUGCCUUCAACUGUACAUUCCUUCUCUUUGGAUCUGUCAUACAACUCAUUGCUUGUGCUAGUAACAUAUACUACAUAAAUGACCGGUUAGACAAGAGGACAUGGACAUACAUAUUUGGAGCUUGUUGUGCCACCACUGUGUUCAUCCCUUCCUUCCACAAUUACAGGAUUUGGUCUUUUCUAGGUCUUGGGAUGACCACUUAUACAGCUUGGUAUCUCACCAUUGCAGCCCUUGCCCAUGGACAGGUUGAUGGUGUGCAACACUCAGGUCCAAAAAAGCUUAUGUUAUAUUUCACUGGUGCUACCAAUAUUCUAUACACCUUUGGUGGUCAUGCUGUCACUGUUGAAAUCAUGCAUGCAAUGUGGAAACCACAGAAGUUCAAGUACAUCUACUUGUUUGCUACAUUGUAUGUGUUCACCCUCACCCUUCCGUCUGCAACCGCCGUGUACUGGGCCUUCGGCGACCAGCUUCUCGACCACUCCAACGCCUUCUCCCUCCUCCCCAAAUCCGCCUGGAGAGACGCCGCCGUCAUCCUCAUGCUCAUCCACCAGUUUAUUACAUUCGGGUUCGCGUGCACGCCGUUGUACUUCGUGUGGGAGAAGGUGAUAGGGAUGCACGACACGAGAAGCAUUUGUGUGAGGGCCCUGGCUAGGCUGCCCGUGGUCAUACCCAUAUGGUUCUUGGCCAUCAUCUUCCCCUUCUUCGGCCCCAUCAACUCUGCCGUUGGCGCCCUCCUCGUUAGCUUCACCGUCUACAUCAUCCCGUCUCUCGCUCAUAUGCUCACAUACCGGAAAGCCGCCGCACGACAGAAUGCUGCAGAGAAGCCUCCAUUCUUCUUGCCAAGCUGGACAGCAGUGUAUGCCCUGAACAUCUUCAUAGUGUGCUGGGUUUUAGUGGUUGGGUUUGGGUUUGGAGGAUGGGCUAGCAUGACCAAUUUUGUUAAACAAGUUGAUACAUUUGGGCUUUUUGCCAAGUGCUACCAGUGCAAGAAGCCACCGGCCCUUCCGCCACACGCGGCGCCUAACGCCACCGGCCACCACUAAGCUCCUCGCCGGCGAGAUAUCGAUAAUCCGAACAUUAAUCUCUCUUUCUCCAUCUUUUUGUAUUAUAUACAUGGGGAGGUAGCAACAUUUCCCCUACAUGUGCUGUGUGCUAAUUUUUUUUUUUUUAGUAUUUUGGUUUUUAUAUUUUUCUUACAAUAUUAGAGAAGAUAGUGUGUUGAUUUUACUUAGCCUAUGCCAUCGCCAUUCACCCCUCUCUGCAUACAUUAUUGGUGGUUGAAUAUUACACUCAUCUUAAUAUUUCUUA